AUGAAGCAAUGGACAAUUAGUCAUCCGGACAAGGAUAUGGCCGGUAUGAGCUUAAUAGAAGCUCCUCUGCCUCGGGCUGGGCCUCAUGAUGUCUUGGUCAAAUUCGAAGCGGCAGCUUUGAAUUACCGUGACUGUGCUAUCGCCAAGGGAACGUUCCCCUUUGCCCACAGAUACCCCAUUGUACCGGUUUCCGAUGGUGCAAGUGUAGUUGUCAAAGUCGGCUCGAGUGUCAAAGAAUUCAAGGAAGGCGAUACAGUGAUAACUGUAUUCAACCAGGGUCAUCAGUACGGUGAUAUCAGUCUUUAUGCUGCAUUGACGGGCGUCGGUGGUACGAUUGACGGGGUCCUUCGUCAAUAUGGUGUUUACGACGAGUCUGGACUUGUUAAAGCCCCCCGGAAUCUUGAUCCUUUGGAGAGCAGUACCCUGCCAGGCGCGGCACUUACCAGCUGGAAUGCGUUGUAUGGGCUCAAGCCCAUCAAACCAGGACAGUGGGUGCUGGUCCAGGGAACUGGGGGUGUCAGUGUUUUCGGGCUCCAGCUAGCCAAGGCGGCAGGCGCGACUGUCAUCGCUACCACUUCCUCACAGGAAAAGGCUUCAAAAUUGAAGCAGCUCGGCGCUGACCAUGUGAUUAAUUACCGUUCCCAACCAAAUUGGGGGGAUGUUGCCCGCGAACUUACCCCGAACCAAGCUGGGGUUGACUAUAUCCUGGAUAUCGGAGGCACAGAUACACUUGAGCAGAGCUUGGGAUGUAUUAAGAUGGAGGGAAUUAUCAACUUGAUUGGCUUUCUUGGUGGGAGCGACAAGCCCCAACCAGGACUUCUGGAAGUUUUAAGCCAUGUCUGCAUUGUCAGAGGUCUAUACGUUGGCAGCCGUGCGAUGCUUCAGGAUAUGGUGCAAGCAUUUGAAGCAAAUGAUAUCCAUCCUGUUCUUGAUAAACAGGUAUUUGGAUUAGAACAAGCGAAAGAAGCGUUCGAAUACCUGGGAGCUCAAAAACACGUUGGCAAGGUUGUUAUUCGGAUAGACUAGGUUAUUAACUUGGGCAAUGACCCGAGAAACAAGGCUAGUAUUUGCCAGAGGGAACAUGCCAUUGGAAAUAUAUAUUAAGUGACAUGCUUUCCACCCCAUAUCUGUGCUUGCGGGUGAAGCU